AUGGCGAUGUUCUUGCAGCGCUGGCUCAGCCUAGUGGCGGCCUUGCGCAUGCUGUCAGUUUUCAUCGGGAUCCUAAAUGUAGAUAAGUUCAAGACGCAGCUCUUCGACCUGAAGCCCGAACAGGUGACGCCGCUGUACGGCAGGACGUUCGCGGCGUGGACCGCGGUCACGUGCGUGCUGUGCGUGCUGUGCGCGAGGAACCCGACGGAGCCCUCCAUCUACCACGCCACGAUGGCGUCGUUCGGCGUCGCGCUGCUGCACUUCGCGGCCGAGUACUUCGUGUACGAGACCAUGUCGCUGCGGACCGUCGCGAGCCCGGGCAUCAUCGCGUCGGUGUCCUUCCUGUGGAUGUUCAUGGGCCGAACAUAUUACCUCGAGGACGUCAAGACCGACUAG